GUAGAAGAUAAUGUAGAACAAGGGGAUAACAGUUGAACGGAAAGAGAUAUCAAGUGACCUGCAGAUGGCAUACAGUGACACAAAAGUGUCCACAUAUAGCACAUUCUAAUCAGACAGUUGAAACAUAAACCAAUGCUGUAAGUAAGAACAGACUGCCCGUCAGUCUUUUGCACUUCAUAAUCACAUUCAGAUCUGAUGCACAACAGUCCAUGCAGACUGAGAUUAAGACAACUUGCUAAUUACUCCCUCCGUAAACUAAUAUAAGAGCAUUUAGAAUACUAAAGUAGUGAUCUAAACGCUCUUAUAUUAGUUUACAGAGGAAGUAAAAAUGAAGUCAUCCAUCUUGCUUAGUGCAGCUCUUCCUUCAAAAUAGUUCAUGCACAACAACCAAAGGCAGAGCAGACCAGAAUAAGCAAAGGUGACACAUCCUAGAACUCCAAUGGCUGAUGAGUCAUGGAGGUUGCCAAACUCGGUGCAGCAACUGGCUGCAACUGUGCAGGAGCCGCCGAGCCAGUACUUGCUCAGAGAGCAUGAAGGUCUUGACGGGCACCUGGCUGGUGCCGAGUUGCCAGAGCAGAUCCCAACCAUAGAUCUCGGCCUGCUAUCAGCAUCCAACGAUGCGGAGGAAGCCACCAAGCUACGAUCUGCGUUGCAGAGCUGGCGAUUCUUCAAGGUUUCUAACCAUGGAAUGGAGACCUCUAUGCUGGAUUCUGUGAUGACUGCAACAAGGGAAUUUUUUCACCUACCGCUUGAAGAGAAGAAGAAAUGCAGUAACCUGAUAGAUGGGAAACAUUUCCAGGUAGAAGGGUAUGGAAAUGACCAGGUGAAAACUCAACAUCAGAUUUUAGACUGGUCUGAUCGACUGCAUCUUAGAAUUGAGCCAGAGGGUGGGAGAAACCUUGCACAUUGGCCAACACAUCCCAAAUCUUUCAGGGAUGAUCUGCACAAAUACGCAUUGAAAUGCAAGAGAAUCAAAGGCGACAUCCUUCGGGCAAUAGCCAAGCUUUUGGAGCUUGAUGAAGACUCCCUCGUUAAUCAGUUUAACAGUAACGCCCGCACUUAUUCUAGAUUCAACUACUUCCCGCCGUGUCCAAGACCUGAUCUUGUCCUGGGCGUCAAGCCUCACGCGGAUUUCUCUGUUCUCACGGUUCUUCUCAUGGACAAAGAUGUCGCUGGGCUGCAAUAUCUUAGAGAUGGAACCUGGUACAAUGUUCCAGCUGUGUGUAACCACACCUUGCUGAUCAACAUUGGUUUUGCAAUGGAGAUAAUGACCAACGGGAUCUUCACAGGGCCAGUGCAUAGAGUUGUGACUAAUGCCGAUAAAGAGAGGAUAUCAGUGGCCAUGUUCUAUGGUGUGGACCCUGAUCAAGAGAUUGGGCCAAUAGCUCAUCUGUUGAGUCAUGAGCAACCGGCACGGUACAGGAAAAUGAAGGCCAAGGACUUACUAGUCGCGCAACUUGACCAUUUCUCUCAAGGCCGAGGAGCACGAAUUGCCGAUGCAUUCAAGAUCUAAGUGAGAUAACUGUACUUUCAUGCCACAGUACCAAUGGAAAGUAAAUAAUUGAUGAACUUACAGAGGAUGAAUCUGGUUAAAAUAAAGAAUUAGUCCGAUUUAUGUUUGAGUUUAUAUAAAUACGCUCUGUGAACACUUCCAUAUUCUCUUAUCAGCUCCAGUGUCUCUUCCCUUCCUUCUUCUGUACUAGCUUUUAUUCUUAAAAAAAUCAUAUCCCCAUGAGUGAAUAAAUCAUUUUUAUGAUGUUCAAAUGUUGACACCA